GGGACCAAUGGGCGCGGCGGCCCCGCCCCGUGCGGGCGCGGGGCGUGGCGGCCUCUCCCGGCGCGGUGGGAGCGACCGGCGCGGCCCGAGCGGCACCGGCACCGGCCGCCGGCCCAGCCCAGCCCAGCCCGGCCCCGCGGGGCCCCGAUGAUGCUGGGCGCGCGGGCGGCGGAGGAGCAGCAGCAGCGCCCGAACGCGCGGCGGCCGCUGCCGCCCCAGUGACGGCCCCGCCAUGUCGGUGAUGGUGGCGAGGAAGAAGGUGGUUCGGAAAUGGGAGAAGCUGCCGGGCAGGAACACCUUCUGCUGCGACGGCCGUAUCAUGAUGGCCCGGCAGAAGGGCAUCUUCUACCUGACUCUCUUCCUCAUCCUCGGCACCUGCGCCCUCUUCUUCGCCUUCGAGUGCCGGUACCUGGCGGUCCAGCUAUCCCCGGCCAUCCCCGUGUUUGCAGCAGUUCUCUUCCUCUUUGCCAUGGCCACGCUGCUGAGGACGAGCUUCAGCGACCCCGGCGUGAUCCCGAGGGCCCUGCCCGACGAGGCGGCCUUCAUUGAGAUGGAGAUUGAGGCCACCAACGGGACUGUGCCGCAGGGUCAGCGCCCGCCCCCGCGCAUCAAGAACUUCCAGAUCAACAACCAGAUUGUGAAGCUCAAGUACUGCUACACGUGCAAGAUCUUCCGGCCGCCCCGCGCCUCGCACUGCAGCAUCUGCGACAACUGCGUGGAGCGCUUUGACCAUCACUGUCCCUGGGUGGGCAACUGCGUGGGAAAGAGGAACUACCGCUACUUCUACCUCUUCAUCCUCUCGCUCUCCCUCCUCACCAUCUACAUCUUCACCUUCAACAUCGUCUACGUAGCACUGAAAUCUCUGAAGAUUGGGUUUCUGAACACAUUGAAGGAAACGCCAGGGACUGUACUGGAGGUGCUCAUCUGUUUCUUCACGCUGUGGUCGGUGGUGGGGUUAACUGGGUUCCACACCUUCCUGGUGGCACUGAAUCAGACAACCAACGAAGACAUUAAGGGGUCCUGGACUGGGAAGAACCGUGUGCAGAAUCCCUACAGCCACGGCAACAUAGUGAAGAACUGCUGCGAGGUGCUCUGCGGGCCCCUGCCCCCCAGUGUCCUGGACAGACGGGGCAUCCUGCAGCAGGAGGAGAGCACAGCUCAGGAGGGGUUGUGCCCGCGGGGACCCGGCACGCAGGAGCCCCUGGCCACGCAGGGCCCUGGGCAGGCCCAGGAGGGUGGCAUGAAGCAGCAGGACGGCAGCAUUCCUCCCCCCAGUGCUGUCCCUGCGCCGUCUGUGAGCGACCCCGAGAUGCCAGAGGAGAAGCAGCGAACGCCUGGGGAGCUCCCGGUGCCCUCCCUGGACGCUGGGCGAGCGGAGCACUAGCAUCUGCUUGGAAGGGAGAACUUUGUUGUUUUGUCUAAUCAAAGCUGGAAGUGGUGGAGGAGAGGAGAAGGGCUGGAUGGCAGGCACCUGAUUCCCCAUGGCCAUUUUGCUUUAGUCAUUACUCGCCGCGGUGCAGGCAGCGCUGGCCUCGUGCGGUGGUACAGGACAGCGAGCGAGGGUGGCACGCCCUGGUCACCGUGGGGCACUGCCAGCAGACCUGGGCCAGCCUGCGCCCUACUGCUGAGGAAUCCCCAAGGAAGGGGAAAGCAAUGGUGGCAGCAAUGUCCUCUCUCCCCUCCUCCCUCCUUCCUCUAAUCUGUUGCGUUGUUUUGUGGUUGGCGUGGCAAGGCUUGUCAGGAAACGUUUUGGUGCCCCAAGGACCCAAACAAGUGGGAAGGAGUUCUGCUGGCAGCAGUUUUUAGGUAGCUGUCUUCCUGUGCUCCUUUCUUGUGUGAUGUAACAAGGCAGCAGCUAUGAGGGGACCCUCCUUCCCAUCCUGCCCUGGUGCUCACACGCUCUGGGCUUCGAGGGAGGGAGAGGGCAGCCAAGGUGGACAGCUGCAGGGAAGGGUCUGCCACUGGCUCCUGGCUGGUGCUGGGGCUGCAUUUGUUGCUGGGUGUUUGCACUGAGCCCUCCCCAGCUGUGGCACAGAAGCUCUGCAGAACCUCAGCCCCGAUCUGUGUUGUGUCAUUGCAUUCCCAUGUCCCCCCCUUGCCUUGCUCUGCUCUUCUCAGCCAUCCUGGACUGGUUUUGGGACCCUUGGAUCUUCGCAGGAUUGUGCCAGCUGCCCAGGGCUGGGCUUGUGUGUCCUCAACAGAGGAGAGGCUGGGGGGAUGGUGGGGGAGCUCUGUGCUGUGGCAGGGCUCCCCCCACUCCACAGUCCCCGUCCUGCACUGGCAGGACCCUCACACCUCUGGGAUCCCCGCAGAGGUCGCUGGUGGAGGAGAGGCCAUUGGGUGUGUCCCUUGUCACAGUGCUGGGCACUCGCGUUCCUCCCGCAGGUGUGUGAUGGCUGCUGGGGGGUGUCCUGCUGGGCCAGUCCCAUGCCUGUGCCCGUGAUGCUCCUGGCUGGCAGCAAGGGUGUGGUGUGAACGUGGCACCAGCACUGCCCCCUCUCCCGCGGUGAGGGGCCUCUUCUCCCGGGUGAGAGGGCAGAGCUGCCACAGCUGCUCCCAGCUGGAAUGUGGCUGGGAAGGAGCCCCGGCUGCCCUGCCAUGGCCCUCAGCCAGCCCAGCCGCAUCCCGUUCCAUCCUCCGGGGGCAGGGCUCCUGUGCCCCACCCCGUGGGAGUUGCCCCAACACGCUACUGACCCAAUCUCCAAUUCGGUGUGAAAAAGUGUGUAUUUUGGCUUUGCUGCUCCCUGUUCCACAGUGUGUGGAGUGCUGCCUGCCAGGACCUGCCUGCACGGGUCAGGGUCUCCAGAAGGAAGGAAGGGGGUUGGGUGAGGAUUGGGUGUUCUUUAUUUUUUUCUUCUUAUUAUUUUUUUUUAAUUUUAAAACAAUGAAGGAAAAUUAAUUGGUUUGAAAAUGGC